AUGAAGUUCAUUAGAGAUUCAGCUAUGGAGGUUCCUCAAGGCAAGACAGAUCAAGAUCGUGAACAAGACAGCUCUCCAGCUAUGGAGGUUCCGCAAGGCGAGACAGAUCGAGAUCGUGAACAAGAGAGCUCUUCAGAUAAGGCUAUCAGUUACCACGAGCGUCAUCUACAAAUUGCAAAAGAAGUGGGAGACAAAGCUGGAGAAGGACGGGCUUAUGGAAAUCUUGGCAAUGCCUAUCAUAGCUUAGGCGAUUUUCAUAAGGCUAUCAGUUACCACGAGCGUCAUCUACAAAUUGCAAAAGAAGUGGGAGACAAAGCUGGAGAAGGACGGGCUUAUGGAAAUCUUGGCAAUGCCUAUCAUAGCUUAGGCGAUUUUCAUAAGGCUAUCAGUUACCACGAGCGUCAUCUACAAAUUGCAAAAGAAGUGGGAGACAAAGCUGGAGAAGGACGGGCUUAUGGAAAUCUUGGCAAUGCCUAUCAUAGCUUAGGCGAUUUUCAUAAGGCUAUCAGUUACCACGAGCGUCAUCUACAAAUUGCAAAAGAAGUGGGAGACAAAGCUGGAGAAGGACGGGCUUAUGGAAAUCUUGGCAAUGCCUAUGAUAGCUUAGGCGAUUUUCAUAAGGCUAUCAGUUACCACGAGCGUCAUCUACAAAUUGCAAAAGAAGUGGGAGACAAAGCUGGAGAAGGACGGGCUUAUGGAAAUCUUGGCAAUGCCUAUCAUAGCUUAGGCGAUUUUCAUAAGGCUAUCAGUUACCACGAGCGUCAUCUACAAAUUGCAAAAGAAGUGGGAGACAAAGCUGGAGAAGGACGGGCUUAUGGAAAUCUUGGCAAUGCCUAUCAUAGCUUAGGCGAUUUUCAUAAGGCUAUCAGUUACCACGAGCGUCAUCUACAAAUUGCAAAAGAAGUGGGAGACAAAGCUGGAGAAGGACGGGCUUAUGGAAAUCUUGGCAAUGCCUAUCAUAGCUUAGGCGAUUUUCAUAAGGCUAUCAGUUACCACGAGCGUCAUCUACAAAUUGCAAAAGAAGUGGGAGACAAAGCUGGAGAAGGACGGGCUUAUGGAAAUCUUGGCAAUGCCUAUCAUAGCUUAGGCGAUUUUCAUAAGGCUAUCAGUUACCACGAGCGUCAUCUACAAAUUGCAAAAGAAGUGGGAGACAAAGCUGGAGAAGGACGGGCUUAUGGAAAUCUUGGCAAUGCCUAUCAUGGCUUAGGCGAUUUUCAUAAGGCUAUCAGUUACCACGAGCGUCAUCUACAAAUUGCAAAAGAAGUGGGAGACAAAGCUGGAGAAGGAGGGGCUUAUGGAAAUCUUGGCAAUGCCUAUCAUAGCUUAGGCGAUUUUCAUAAGGCUAUCAGUUACCACGAGCGUCAUCUACAAAUUGCAAAAGAAGUGGGAGACAAAGCUGGAGAAGGACGGGCUUAUGGAAAUCUUGGCAAUGCCUAUCAUAGCUUAGGCGAUUUUCAUAAGGCUAUCAGUUACCACGAGCGUCAUCUACAAAUUGCAAAAGAAGUGGGAGACAAAGCUGGAGAAGGACGGGCUUAUGGAAAUCUUGGCAAUGCCUAUCAUAGCUUAGGCGAUUUUCAUAAGGCUAUCAGUUACCACGAGCGUCAUCUACAAAUUGCAAAAGAAGUGGGAGACAAAGCUGGAGAAGGACGGGCUUAUGGAAAUCUUGGCAAUGCCUAUCAUAGCUUAGGCGAUUUUCAUAAGGCUAUCAGUUACCACGAGCGUCGUCUACAAAUUGCAAAAGAAGUGGGAGACAAAGCUGGAGAAGGACGGGCUUAUGGAAAUCUUGGCAAUGCCUAUCAUAGCUUAGGCGAUUUUCAUAAGGCUAUCAGUUACCACGAGCGUCAUCUACAAAUUGCAAAAGAAGUGGGAGACAAAGCUGGAGAAGGAGGGGCUUAUGGAAAUCUUGGCAAUGCCUAUGAUAGCUUAGGCGAUUUUCAUAAGGCUAUCAGUUACCACGAGCGUCAUCUACAAAUUGCAAAAGAAGUGGGAGACAAAGCUGGAGAAGGACGGGCUUAUGGAAAUCUUGGCAAUGCCUAUCAUAGCUUAGGCGAUUUUCAUAAGGCUAUCAGUUACCACGAGCGUCAUCUACAAAUUGCAAAAGAAGUGGGAGACAAAGCUGGAGAAGGACGGGCUUAUGGAAAUCUUGGCAAUGCCUAUCAUAGCUUAGGCGAUUUUCAUAAGGCUAUCAGUUACCACGAGCGUCAUCUACAAAUUGCAAAAGAAGUGGGAGACAAAGCUGGAGAAGGACGGGCUUAUGGAAAUCUUGGCAAUGCCUAUCAUAGCUUAGGCGAUUUUCAUAAGGCUAUCAGUUACCACGAGCGUCAUCUACAAAUUGCAAAAGAAGUGGGAGACAAAGCUGGAGAAGGACGGGCUUAUGGAAAUCUUGGCAAUGCCUAUCAUGGCUUAGGCGAUUUUCAUAAGGCUAUCAGUUACCACGAGCGUCAUCUACAAAUUGCAAAAGAAGUGGGAGACAAAGCUGGAGAAGGACGGGCUUAUGGAAAUCUUGGCAAUGCCUAUCAUAGCUUAGGCGAUUUUCAUAAGGCUAUCAGUUACCACGAGCGUGAUCUACAAAUUGCAAAAGAAGUGGGAGACAAAGCUGGAGAAGGACGGGCUUAUGGAAAUCUUGGCAAUGCCUAUCAUAGCUUAGGCGAUUUUCAUAAGGCUAUCAGUUACCACGAGCGUCAUCUACAAAAAGCAAAAGAAGUGGGGGAUAAAGCUGGAGAGAGACGGGCUUAUGGAAGUCUUGGCAAUGCCUUUCAUAGCUUAGGCAACUUUCCUAAGGCAAUCGAGUACCGUGAGCGUCAUCUACAAAUUGCAAAAGAAGUGGGGGACAAGGCUGGAGAAGGAGAGUCAUACGCCAAAGAGGAGGAUGAGGUACCUUAUUACACCGGCAGGAAAGAUUUGGCAGAUAUAGAAGAUGCAACAGUAGACACUGAAGACAAUGAAAAGACUUUGAUCAAAAGAGGAAAAAUCGGAGGUAAGGAAGACUCAUGGCACCUGAGGGAAGCUGGUGCCUCUAUCAAACUUUGCAGUGGAGCUGUACAACAACCUGUGCCAUUUACAUGUAGAUGCUUAUUGUGGAACCCCAGGACCCUCUCCCCCUCCACUGCCAGUGAUGAGAUAUUGGUUAGCAGUGUUAUUGAAAUAUCUCAUGAUGGCCCACCAGAUCUGGAUUACAAGAAAAGUUUUGAAGGAAUAAGUUUUACUGUAUCUUUGAUGCACAGUGCCCCAUAUUUGGAGGGGUAUGAGGUGGUUAUCAAGCAACUGACUGACCAAGAGAACAAUGAAUGGAAGGAAUUAAAGACAGAGAAUACUUGGCAUGGAUCAGAAACUUCAACAGUUCCCAAGUGGCUUUUCCCAUUUGCACAAGCUGUUUGUACAAAAUCAGCAGUUUCUUCAUUUGCUGCAGUCUGGCGUCCUAAGUCUUUCACCUUUUCAAGAGGUACUGCAGGAGGCCCGGAAUUGACCUGUAUUGUGCCUGACCUUCCUGAUGUCAGUGUCCAAAUUCCUCAGAGUUGUGUUCCUGUUUAUCAAGAUUUCUGUGUGACAAUCAAGGUACAAGAAUUCCCAAGCAGUGAGCUAAAAGGAGAGGGAGGACUUGUCGGUCCAGUUAUUUACAUUUCAGGCUCUCAAAAUGUUAGUCUCAUCGCGCCUGUAACAAUAAGGAUUCCUCUCACCUUCCGUAAAGAAAAACAAGAGUUGGCAGAGUUACGUCCCGGUGAACUGAGGAUAUUACAAUGUGAAGCACAUGACUGGAAAGACAUUACAGAUAAAUUAGAUGAACCGCCACGUCUUGUAGAUGGGAAAGUGCAAUUUAAAGUUAGGCAUUUCUCUGGAUUCCGUCCAAUCAAGUUGAUGAGAUCACUUUUACAAUCUACUUCGGGCUUCACUGAGUUUGUAGGAAAACUUUGCAAUAGGUCUAGGCCUCAGCAUGCCCGAUUUUUUACGUGCUUGUGUGAGACCGGUGUUCGUGGACAUUUUAAACUCAAACUUUUUUGCUAUCCUCAAAGACUGUAUUAUGAUGUAAUACGGAAAAUAUCGGAAUGUGUCGUACUCUACAAAGACGAAGGCUGCUCUUCUAAACCAGUUUGUGGAGAGGAGAAAAUUUUGGUGUCUCUUUCCGAGGCUAUCAUACCCCAGGGCACAGAUCAGAAAAAUGCCCUGCAGUUUGUGAAAUUCCACGAGAACAAAGUUUAUUACACAGGUGGUGAAGUUUGCUUAGGAAGUGAGAGUGUUCCAGGAGUGAAGUUUUGCGACCAAAAUCAGGAACUUUUGUGCAACAUUAUCAUGGUAUUAGCGUCUCAAGUUUCUAUUCCUGUCACCUCUGACUUUGAAGAAGGAAGUG